AUGUACACCCGUUCAAUUCGAUGUGCUCGUGUUUCUCUGUCACAAUUUCGUAUUUUUUCCGACUUAUCAGCUUGCAGUUACUCAAGUAACUCACAGGAACACCAAAACAAUUAUAAGAAGCACUUAACAUCAUCAGAAGCACAAAAAGAUGAUAAAAAAUCCAGCAAUACUUAUUCGAGAUCAGGUAACCGAACAGAACAAACUGUCUCUGGAGAGACAAAUCAUAUCGCUCAAACAGAGACUGCCUACGAUAAAGACGCAGUUUACCCUGACCAAGCAAUUGAAAAAAUGAAAAAAAAGAAUAAUCAAGAUUCGUUGGAUUAUAGUGCAGCUAAUCCAGACAUAAGUGUUACCACCAAAGAUUCUUCAGUACCUGAUAGAAAAUAA